AUGCCCUUUACAGAACUCAUCUUCCCCUCCGUCAAACCGGACAAAGCGUCCAUUGCAGAGAUCGAAAGCAACUGGCCACGGUUUGCGAAACAAUUGACUGUUCCUAAUCCUGGACUGAUAUGUGCCUUUCGUGGAUGGAUCACAUUUGAAGAUGGACAAGAUGUGCGCGAUGAUUUCAAGGAGUUUCUUCUCUUCGAAUGGAAUAAGAAAGAAUCCUUUGAUUUGUUCGUGGGUUCGGAGCAGUUCAAGACCUUUCAAGGGAUGAUCCGUCAUCUGCUUAAUGGACCACCAAUGCUACAACUCUACGAGACGAACGUCAGUCCGCACGAUGCAGCAGCAGCGUCGCGCGUGGAGAUCGUCCGGGUGACUCUUGAGAAAGAAGGGGAUGCAGUGCGGGAAGUGAUGGAGAAGAUGGAAGAAGGUGGUGUGGGUGUAUAUGGACAGACUAUCAACCUGGAGGAGGAGAAGGUGGUUGUUGGGAUUCUAGAAGAUGAAGAGACAGCGGACAAGAUCUCGUCUUCUCUUGGAGAGUACGGACGGGUGUCUCGACUGGUGGUUGACAUUUCUCCCAUGCCAUUCGGUGAUGAGUUGUAG